AUGUGGUCUGGAGAUCUGGAAUUCAAAACUGCAUUUCAUAGAUUAUUUCUUCUCAGAGCACCGGCCGAUUUCCUUCAAGUUCUGGUAUCACUUUUCGCAUUCCGAUGUCCGCUUGCUGGAUGGGAGGAAAUAACUCAUAUUCCAUACCUCGCAAAAGUUGGUUUUAUGAUAUCCCAAUACUCUGUUCUUGUCGAAAUGUGUGCUCAACUAUUGCUCUCUGUAAACCGAUUAUCAGCUAUUGUGUAUCCAAUCCAACACAAUAAAUUCUGGACAAAGAAGAUAACUUUACUUUUGUUCUCACUCGGAAUGCUUAUUUCUAUUGUUCCAACUGCGAGCAGAGCAACACAACCGGCUGCAUUUAUGAAUGUGAAUGGAAGUUUUAUUCCGUAUUUAGUUAAUAGAGGAGAUCAAGAGAAAAACUCAAAAGUCACAUGCUUAAUCUAUUCGUUUUUCUGUUUCGCAAGUCUUCUUUGCAAUCUUUUGGCAUGUUGUGUUCACAGAAAACAGAAAAGAAUGCAGACUCAACCAAAACUGGCUUCAACAGUUCAGACAAAUCUUCUGAUAUAUGCAUGCCUGUCAACAGUUAUAGUCGUCGCGAUGACAUGUUUUCAGUCUCUUCUGGCUCUCCACGUCUUCGAUGUAACAGCAGAAGCUCAUAAGGUUGUUCUUCUCUUCCUCACGAUAUCAGCCGACGCAUUUGCUCUCUCCAAUCCGUGGCUUCUGAUUUGUCUCUCAAGUACAUUCCGUCAUAAAUUCUUCGCAGCAAGGAAGAUUUCUCGGAUCUUUGCCGCCGCUCCAUCCACUAACGAGACUUCUUAA